AUGUCUUCAGCUCAAGUUCCCGACAAUGAUGAGCAGUUUGUUCCAGAUUUCCAGACAGAAAACUUGGCGUUCCACGGACUGCAGCUGAAGAUCAAGCGGGAGGUCCACAGCCCAUGUUCUGAGCUGGGCACCUUCUGCAGACAGGAGCGGCCCUUCAGACUCCACUAUGGAGAGAAGUGCCUGCACAACGUCAGUGCCUAUGAGCAGAAGCAUCCUACAGCAAUGAAGCCCUGCAGCCCGGCCACACCCCCCUGCAGCACCCCUGUGUCCCCCCUGCAUCAUGCCUCUCCUACUGUGGCCCCGACCCCCAAACCGGACAGGACCUACCCCCACCUGCCGCCCUCACAGCCCCUCCCCGACAGCUACAGCAUGGACCACCGAUUUCGGCGUCAGCUCUCAGAACCAUGUCACUCCUUCCCCUCCCCACCGUCAAUGGCGCGAGAGGGCCGGCCCACGUAUCACAGACAGAUGUCAGAGCCCAACAUCGCCUUUCCACCUCAAGGCUUCAAACAGGAGUACUCCGACCCCCUGUUUGAGCACCCGGCCAUGGUGGGGAACCCGAUAGCCCACGCCUACCCAACCCCCAUGAUGAUCAAGCAAGAACCGAGAGACUUCACCUACGAGUCAGAAGUGCCUAGCUGCCAUUCUGUCUACUUACGGCAAGACGGCUAUCUGGCUCACGCUAACAGGACUGAAGGUUGUAUGUUUGACAAGGUGGCGAGGCAUUUCUAUGACGAUACCUGUGUGGUCCCUGAAAAGGUCGAAGGAGACAUCAAGCAGGAGUCGGGCCUGUACCGCGAGGGGCCGUCGUACCAACGCCGAGGGUCCCUGCAGCUCUGGCAGUUUCUGGUGGCCCUGUUAGAUGAUCCCUCCAACUCACACUUCAUCGCCUGGACCGGCCGCGGCAUGGAGUUCAAGCUAAUCGAGCCAGAGGAGGUGGCACGUCGAUGGGGAAUACAGAAAAAUCGACCGGCGAUGAACUAUGACAAACUCAGCCGAUCUUUGCGGUACUAUUAUGAAAAAGGAAUCAUGCAAAAGGUGGCAGGGGAAAGAUAUGUGUACAAGUUUGUGUGCGACCCUGAGGCCUUGUUCUCCAUGGCGUUCCCAGACAACCAGCGGCCGGUGCUGAAGACGGAUGUGGAGCGGCAGAUCAACGAGGAGGACACCGUGCCCCUGUCGCACUUUGAUGACAACAUGGCCUAUGUACAGGAGGGCUCGUACUGUCCACCGCACCCCUACAGCGAGGCCUACGUCUACUAACGUCAGCAUCCACCGACCUCCGACACUGAUGACCACAACUCCCACCUCCAACCCACCCACUCCUCCACAUGACACUCCCUCAUCCUGUCAUUCAGCGGCUCCACGAAAAGACUUAGCCGUCCAACAGAGCCAACACCCUCCUCCUUUUAUUUCUCUCCCUCUCUCUCUCUCUCUGUCUCUGUCUCAAACCCCG